CGCCGCUCACCACCGCCGGGAGGAGCUGGCGGGAGGUGGCAGGCGGCAGGCGGGGCGUCCCUUGAGGCCGCCGGGCGAGCAGAAGCCCCCAGUCCUCGGCCCCCGCGCAAGCGACGCCGGGAAAUGCCCACAUCCGGGAAACCGGCCGCGGAGCGCUGCGGCGGCGACGCGGAGUGGAAGGCAAAAUGGCGGCGGCAGUGGUAGUGCCCUGGUGCUAAGGGGAAAGCCAGGUCCUCGCGACCCCUGCGACGGGCUGCGCUGGCUCGCGGCAGCCCCCCGGAGCCUCUUCCCGUCCAGCCCCACCAGGGAGACUUGGGGUCCUUGGGACGGCCUCUGGCCGCUUCGGCUCCCGUCUUGGGCCCGUGCCGCCGUCCUGGAGACCCGCUCUCCCUUGCAGGGUUUAAUUAGAUUGUAAAGGAUUUUAACAUUGCUGGUGACUUUCCUGAAGAAUCAUUUUCACUUUUGCUCAAAAGAUAGCUCUGAAUCUACCAAGUAAAUCUUAAGGAAACCUUUUAUGUGGGUUAUAUACUUAGAUGUUUUCAUGAAGAGGAGUGAAAAACCAGAAGGAUAUAGACAAAUAAGGCCUAAGACCUUUCCUACCGGAAGCAAUAUUGGCAAUAGUCGGCAAAUGUUGCAAGAAAUUCGGGAAUCCCUGAGGAAUUUAUCCAAACCAUCCGAUGCUGCUAAGGCUGAGCAUAACAUGAGUAAAAUGUCAGCAGAAGAUCCUCGACAAGUCAGAAAUCCACCUAAAUUUGGGACGUAUCAUAAAGCUUUGCAGGAAAUUAGAAACUCUCUACUGCCUUUUGCAAAUGAAGCAAGUUCUUCCUCCCGGAGUACUUCAGAAGUUCAUCCCCAAACUUUCCAAGAUUUACACACGGCUGGAUUUGAUGAGGAUAUGUUUAUGCAAGCUCUUCAGAAAACUAAUAAUAGAAAUGUAGAAGCAGCAAUUGAAUUUGUUAAUAAAAUGAGCUACCAGGAUCCUCGACGGGAACAGAUGGCUACAGCAGCUGCCAGACCUCUGAAUCCUAGCAUGAAGCCAGGGCUUGUGCAACAAUCAGUUAACCGUAAACAAAGCUGGAAAGGUUCUAAAGAAUCCUUAGUUCCUCAAAGACAUGGCCCACCACUAGGAGAAAGUGUGGCAUAUCGUUCUGAAAGUCCCAGCUCGCAGACAGAUGUAGGAAGACCUUUGUCAGGAUCUGGCAUAGCAGCAUUUUCUCAAGCUCACCCUAGUAAUGGACAGAGAGUGAACCCCCCGCCACCACCUCAAGUAAGGAGUGUCACUCCUCCUCCCCCUCCAAGAGGCACAACCCCACCUCCACACUCCUGGGAACCAAGCUCUCAAACAAAACGCUAUUCUGGAAAUAUGGAAUAUGUGAUUUCUCGAAUCUCUCCUGUUCCACCCGGGGCAUGGCAGGAGGGCUACCCUCCACCACCUCUUAACACAUCCCAAAUGAAUCCGCCCAAUCAGGGACAGAGAGGCAUGAAUUCGGUUCCUGUUGGCAGACAGCCAAUCAUCAUGCAGAGUUCUAACAAGUUUAACUUUACAUCAGGGAGGCCUGGCAUUCAGAAUGGCAGUGGUCAAACUGACUUUAUGCUACACCAAACUGUUGUCCCAGCUGGAGCUGUGAGUCGGCAGCCACCCCCUCCAUAUCCUCUGGCUCCGACUAAUGGACAAAGCCCCUCAACUUUACCAACAGGGGGGUCUGCUGCCCCUUCAUCAUAUACAAAUGGAAAUGUUCCUCAGUCUGUGAUGGUGCCAAACAGAAAUAGUCAUAACAUGGAACUUUUUAACAUUAAUGUCCCAGGACUUCAAACAACUUGGCCUCAGUCAUCUUCUGCUCCAGCCCAGUCAUCCCCAAGCAGUGGACAUGAAGUUCCUACAUGGCAACCGAACAUACCAGUGAGAUCAAAUUCUUUUAAUAACCCAUUAGGAAAUAGAACAAGUCACUCUACUAAUUCCCAGCCUUCAGCUACAACAGUAACUGCUAUUACACCAGCUCCCAUUCAACAGCCUGUGAAGAGCAUUCGUGUAUUAAAACCUGAGCUACAAACGGCCUUAGCACCAACACAUCCUUCUUGGAUCCCACAGCCAAUUCAACCUGUUCAACCCAGUCCUUUUUCUGAGGGUACCACUUCUAAUAUGACUGUUAUGCCACCUGUUGCUGAAGCUCCAAACUAUCAAGGUCCACCACCACCUUAUCCUAAGCACCUGCUACACCAAAACCCAUCUGCUCCUCCAUACGACUCGAUAACUAAAUCUAGCAAAGAUGAUCAGCCUAGCUUGCCCAAGGAAGAUGAGGGUGAAAAAAGUUGUGAAAAUGGCGAUAAUGGUGAUAAAGAAAAGAAGCAGAUUACAACCUCGCCCAUUACGGUUAGGAAAAAUAAGAAAGAUGAAGAACGAAGGGAAUCUCGUAUUCAAAGUUACUCUCCUCAGGCGUUCAAGUUUUUCAUGGAGCAACAUGUAGAAAAUGUACUCAAAUCUCACCAGCAGCGUCUACAUCGUAAAAAACAAUUAGAGAAUGAAAUGAUGCGGGUUGGAUUAUCUCAAGAUGCCCAGGAUCAAAUGAGAAAGAUGCUUUGCCAAAAAGAGUCGAAUUACAUUCGUCUUAAAAGGGCUAAAAUGGACAAGUCUAUGUUUGUGAAGAUAAAAACUCUAGGAAUAGGAGCUUUUGGUGAAGUCUGUCUUGCAAGAAAAGUAGAUACUAAGGCAUUAUAUGCAACAAAAACUCUUCGAAAGAAAGAUGUCCUGCUUCGAAAUCAAGUUGCUCAUGUUAAAGCUGAGAGAGAUAUCCUGGCUGAAGCAGACAAUGAAUGGGUAGUCCGUCUAUAUUAUUCAUUCCAGGAUAAGGACAAUUUAUACUUUGUAAUGGACUACAUUCCUGGGGGUGAUAUGAUGAGCCUCUUAAUUAGAUUGGGUAUCUUUCCAGAAAAUCUGGCCCGAUUCUACAUAGCCGAACUUACCUGUGCAGUGGAAAGUGUACAUAAAAUGGGGUUUAUUCAUAGAGAUAUUAAACCUGAUAACAUCUUGAUUGAUCGUGAUGGUCAUAUUAAAUUGACUGACUUUGGCCUCUGCACUGGCUUCAGAUGGACACAUGAUUCUAAGUACUAUCAGAGUGGUGACCAUCCACGACAAGAUAGCAUGGAUUUCAGUAGUGAAUGGGGUGACCCCUCUAGCUGCCGAUGUGGAGACAGACUGAAGCCACUGGAGAGGCGAGCUGCACGCCAACAUCAGCGAUGUCUGGCACACUCUUUAGUUGGCACUCCCAAUUACAUUGCACCCGAAGUGUUGCUACGAACAGGCUAUACACAGUUAUGUGAUUGGUGGAGCGUUGGAGUAAUUCUUUUUGAAAUGUUGGUGGGACAGCCUCCUUUCUUGGCUCAGACACCGUUAGAAACACAAGUGAAGGUUAUCAACUGGCAAACAUCUCUUCACAUUCCACUGCAAGCUAAACUGAGUCCUGAAGCCUCUGACCUUAUUGUUAAACUCUGUCGGGGACCAGAAGACCGCUUAGGCAAGAGUGGUGCUGAUGAAAUCAAAGCUCAUUCAUUUUUUAAAACAAUUGAUUUCUCCAGUGACCUGAGACAGCAGUCUGCUUCAUACAUUCCUAAAAUCACACACCCAACAGAUACAUCAAAUUUUGAUCCAGUUGAUCCUGAUAAGUUAUGGAGUGAUGGCAAUGAGGAAGAAAAUGUAAAUGACACUCUCAAUGGAUGGUAUAAAAAUGGAAAACAUCCUGAACAUGCCUUCUAUGAGUUUACCUUUCGGAGGUUUUUUGAUGACAAUGGUUACCCAUACAAUUAUCCAAAGCCUAUUGAAUAUGAAUACAUGAAUUCCCAAGGCUCAGAGCAACAGUCAGAUGAAGAUGAUCAACACACAGGCUCAGAGAUCAAAACUCGUGAUCUGGUGUAUGUUUAACAUGAUAGGAAAGAAUUGAACCAUAGUUCUGUAAUGGAGAUUUGCAGAGACCUCAAAUGCAGGGCUUUUUGAGGUUCUGAAAGUAAAAAUAUGCAAAUGUGACAGAGCUGUGUAAUGUGUGCUCUGUGUGUAUUUUAUUUUCCUAAAUUAUGGAAACUUUAGAAUGUUAAUUUAUUCCUGCCUUUUUAAUCAAUAAUUAAGAAAAAAAAUUGUUAUAAGGAAAGUAAAUUAUGAACUCAAUAUUAUAGUCAGUUCUUGGUACUUAAAGUACUUAAAAUUUAAGGAAGACAAACAAAAGCUUUGUUUUAAAGGAACAGCCUGGUAUCUAUUUGUACAUAUGCUAAGUCAUUUUUUAAAAGAAUAUUUGAAAGUUUUUGAAAUACUGUUUUAGUUUCCUCUUGCUUUAACCAAAUAUGAAAUAUACCCCAUAUUUGAGGGUUUUUUCCAUAACUUUGUUUUUGAUACAAAAUAAGCUAGAGAAAUACAGCCAUCUUGUUGGUGCAUAUGCCUGGGCUAAUGCUAAUCUGUGUAAUUAGCAUGCUGGAACUGGGAAAUACAGGGUUGAGACAAUAUUCAGAUGUCCAUCAGAAAGAAAAGGAUGCA